AUGGAGAAAGAAUUUCAUCAUACAAAACUCAACGCUUUUGCUAAUUCAAUUCGUAACAUUUUGCAUUACACUAAACAGAAGUUCAAAGAUGUAAGCCAUGAUUUCGUGAUUGAUCCCAAUGAGAAUAUUAAGACAACUCAUCCACAUGACGGUUUCGCUCUAUAUAAAGAAGGGGACCGAAGCCUCAAUCAAUCACUAGCUAUCGCGAAGUAUGUAGCAAGAGGCACUUCUCUAAUACCUGAUGAUCCCUGGGAACAAGCUGUUAUUGAAAACAUUGUAUACACUAUUCAUGAGUAUUGGUCAAAGGUAGUGGCUUAUAUAUUAGAAAAGGAUAUAAACAAAAAACGUGCAAUGAAACAAAAACUCAUCGAAGAAACGAUAGACUAUUACUUCUUGAAGUUUGAGCAACAUUUAAAAGAAAAUGGAGGAUUCUUUAUUGGAAAGUUAACAUGGGUCGAAUUCGUUCUAUGCGGUUUGGUUGAAGCAAGCGAUUUGUUCUUUGGUAUAGAAUUGGCAAAAAGGUAUCCAAUGGUAGCAGCCGUGGUCGAUAUUAUCAGAAACUUACCCGGAGUUAAAGAACACAUCGCCACCAGAGGACCGAAUGAGUCUCAAAAGUUAGAAUAA